GUGACUGGUUGGAAAUGGCAGCUUCUCGGGACCCCUAAACCACUUUGGCAAAAACGGAAGAAAUGUGCCGCUUAAAAUGGACUAAAUCUAUUAAGGGAAUAUCAACAGUCCAGCCGUGAGCCAUAUCGACAGACAGAAGAGGAAUUAACACCGUUAUUUCUGUACACAGCGUCUGUCUGUCCGUGUGAAGUGUGUUUGUUGACCGCACUGGGGUAAGAGUCGUCCAUUAGCAUUAGCAUUAGCUCCGUUAGCUCUUCUGCAACCCCGCCGCUGCCUCGCUCUCUCCGCUGGGCUUUUCGCUCUCAUUCCGCCGCAUUCCCUCCCCUCAAUCCCUGUCUACCGCUGCGGGUCAUGAAAAGCUGCUUUUGUCCGAAAAGGAAGGACGCAUUGCCGCAUUUAACAAAUUCCUUCAUGAUGCCUGAAGUACGAGACCUUUCAGACGCCCUCCCAGAGAUGCCAAUGGACCCCAUUACUGGUGUUGGGGUUGUGGCUUCAAGAAACAGAGCGCCUACCAGCUAUGACGUGGUUGCACAAACUACAGAUGGGAUUGAUGCAGACUUGUGGAAAGAUGGGCUGUUCAAAUCCAAGGUGACCCGCUAUCUGUGCUUCACCAGAGCCUUCUCCAAAGAGAACAGUCAUUUAGGAAACGUGCUUGUAGACAUGAAGCUCAUCGACAUCAAGGACACGCUGCCCGUGGGAUUUAUUCCUAUUCAGGAAACUGUGGACACACAAGAGCCAGCGUUUAGGAAGAGGAGGUUAUGUAUUAAAUUCAUCCCGCGAGAUUCCACUGAAGCGGCCAUCUGUGACAUCCGAAUCUUAGGACGAUCCAAACAGGCACCUCCACAGUAUACGUUCAUCGGAGAGCUGAACAAUAUGGGCAUCUGGUAUCGCAUGGGAAAGGUGCCACGGACCCAAGAAUCUUCACCUGUCCAGAACAACAGCUCCACCGCCAAUACCAACAACAUCCAGACUGUCACGAAUAACUCCAACUCCACUCCAGCCCCCGUUCUGCCCAAGCACAUAUCCAUGACCCUGCCAGCAUGUUUCAGGAAAAGCACAACCAGACCAGACUUUGAACACCAGAACCUCUAUGCCAUCUCUGCUAUGGACGGAGUGCCUUUCAUGAUCUCAGAGAAGUUUGCGUGUGCCUCCAGCGACCUGGAGCAGGUGGAUCUGAUGGGCAUCAGGAUCAAGACAUUAGCAGAGAUUGAGAAAGAGUAUGAAUACAGUUUCAGAACGGAGCACAGUGCCGCGGCCCGUCUGCCCCCCAGUCCCACCAGAACGUCGCUGGGAUCUGAAGCCUAACGCUGGAGGAAGAAGCAGGAGAAGAUACUGACUUCUGAAGUUCUGAUAUGAGCAGUCUUCUCAAAACAUAAAACUAAUGUGAACGUUCGCUGGAGGGAAGAAUGUGGUGUUCACUUUUUCUUUGAAAAACAAACUGAAAUCAUUUCCUGUGGUCAAGUUUAGUCUCUCUUGAGUUAAUGCUGCUUUUUCAUAAAGAGCUUUGAAGACGAUGAGGAGCUCCGUCACUGCAGCCGAUCGAAACCACUACGGUCGCAUUUGGAUGACCGGGACUGAAUGGAAUGCUUGUGGAAACUCUAUAAUGUGUAUCUUUGACAUGAAAGUGUUUAAUCUGACCUCCGGACUGUUAGUGACCUUCUGAAGAGACGAAUUUGGAGGAUUUCCGAGUUGACAGAGCGUGCAUGGUUUUUAUUUUGUGUCGUUUGUCUCUCUUUGUUCGUUUGCUCGCUUGAGGUUUUCUUGAGACCGCAGCGACUGCAUGACACAAGUCGUUUGUUUGUUUCUGGGCUUCGGAAAUGAAGCCCAGUUCUCUGCACUGUUACAGGACUUUUGAAGCAUUUCAAUGUUUUUGUGUUCGUCUUAAAAAAGAAUUUCGAUCAAAACACUCCAACUUUAAACAAAGCCUCGUACAUAGACAAGCGAUGAAUCAGGAAUGCGAUGUUUUUAGACCGUCUGUUACUUGUUUUCUCUUUUCGUCUUCGUGACGUCUGGAUGGAUUUUUUUUCUUGUCAACCCUGACAUAUUUUAUAUGACUAAUUUUCAUCCUUCUGUAAAUGUUAAAUGGUGCUCGAGCAGGUGACUAUUGUUUGUAUCUGGACAUUUCACGCAUUUAAGUUCACCUUUUUAAUGUGAAUAUAUGUGGAGUCAUUUUUAUCCCAAAAUCAAUUACAAUUUCAAGCUUUUGCAUUAAGGAAAUCAUCAAUUUAUGACGUUAUUUUUAGCACAUUUUCACGGUAAUAUGAACAGUCUCAUAAAUGCAAAAUUUAUUAUUUACAAAUAGGAUUGUUCUAAUAUGUUUUUUGGCAUUUCAGUCAAAACGCAAGAAAUCAUAGUGUGCUAAGGAUGUCCUUUUUCCUUAUGCAAAAUUAAAUAGCUAAUUUCUUGCUUUUGGGAUAAAGUAUAAUCCAGUUCUUUGCCUUUUUUCAAGAAUGAGCUGAAAAUUGGCCUUUCCUCCACAUUCGUCCAAGAAGCAGCUGAGGUAGUUCUGCUCUCGCUGCUGUGUUCUUGUGAUGGUGGAAGUUCAGUGUAUUUUUUUCAGCCAUCUCAGGUGAGAGUGUUUAUAUAAGUGAAGACGUCAAUCCUUUUCACUGUGAGACUCACACACUCCCAUGGGUUUGAGGUUUAUCGUGAGUCAACCGCCCAAGAGUCUUACCACUAAGCUUUUCCUUUGACAGUGAUGAUAGGUUGGCCAAUUGUACCUUAUGUGCUAUUCGUGUGUGUUUUAAUGUGUUUUUUUUCAGGAUUCAGUCAAAAUAUUCUGUUGAGUUUAUUCCUGUUAAGUUUCAUUUUGAAUCCAGUAAUGAUUUAAUAUAUCUGGAAACAGCCAUAGGAGACCUUUAGAUCUAAAACACCACGAGGUAGAAAUGAAUACUAACAUCUCAUCUCUGAUAUGAUUCAUUCACAAACUACAGUUUACAAACAAAUUAGAGAAACUGAACUGAAGUUAUUAUGUAGGUCACAGUUGUUUUAAGUUGUUUUAGUCAUAUUUCUUCAUUUCAAUUAAAGGCCCAUUGAUCAUGCAGCGGUAUAUAGUUCUUUAGCAUGACAUGGUUUAUUUUUAAAUGUAACAGUUUUUGUUGAAUUAUUUAAGAAUUUUAUAUAAAGACUAAUUUAAAUGUUUAGGGGUAUCGCUAGAUUGUUGUCUCCCCAUCCCUUUUGGUCACACGAACAAAUAAAAUCUGUUGUUUAGUUAUUGCACUGCGUAAAUGAGUAAGCCCGUUUACCGUUUUCUAAACUGUUCAAUGUAUAUCAUCCAGUUAAAAAUCAUUGUUUUGACUUCUUUAUGAACCCGCUGUGUUUGUCAUCUGAACUGAUUUGAAUUUCACAAAUGUGAAUGCCAGAGUUAACUGCUGGUUUGAUUUUUGUGCUUCAUUAUAAAGUUACUAUAAACUUCAUGCAUUUCUGAACAACAGAGUAAUGAGUUUGCAAUCAUUUUAAUAUCCGUAAAUGAGAAUUACAGUAAGCUUUUAUGCACAGUUCACUUACUUUAUUUUUUUAUCAUUUACUCACCUUCAUGUCAUGUAAAAUCUGUAUGUCUUUCUUUUGCAGAACACAAUAUUUUGAAAAAUAUUGGUAACUAGACGACGUUGGCCUUCCUUGGCUUCCGUUUUAAUCAGAGGCAUUUUUCCAAAUAUUAUCUUUUGUGUUUCACAGAAAGAGUUUUGGCUGACAUGACUGUAAGUAAAUGAUGCUAGACGUUGUGUGAAAUUAUCCGUUUAAGAGUUAAAUGUCUUUAAUUAUUUUUUUGCAAUGUUUGUCGAAGUAGAAUGCCUUCUACUUUGUUGCCCUAAAAUUUCUCAGUGUUCAAUG